CGCACAGUCGGCGGCCGCGCGCAGCACGCUUGAAGCCCGGAUGGCGGCGGCGGCUGGAAAUGGGACACCCCGGGAGGAGGAGGGGCCCAGUGGGGAGGCAGCGGCCCCGCCGCCGCAAGCCCCGACAAUUGCGCCCGGAGCUCGUCUCUCGAGGUUGCCGUUAGCGAGAGUGAAGGCCUUGGUGAAGGCGGACCCCGACGUGACCCUCGCGGGACAGGAAGCCAUCUUCAUUCUGGCACGAGCAGCGGAACUAUUUGUGGAGACCAUUGCAAAAGAUGCCUACUGCUGUGCUCAACAAGGAAAGAGGAAAACCCUGCAGAGGAGAGAUUUGGAUAAUGCAAUAGAAGCCGUGGAUGAAUUUGCUUUUCUGGAAGGAACUUUGGAUUGAUUGCUGAGCUGGGCAGUUUUGUGAGUCUUCACCUGUGUCCUUCAGCCAGCCCCUCUCCUGCAGGCCUCAGCUUUGAAGAACGGAGCAUUUGGAAUAUUGUACCUAUAUGCUUUUCCUGUUCUACCUUCACCUAAGCCGGGAUAAGCAGAGAUCUCACCUGUUAGCUUUUCUCUACAAGGUCUUCCACUACUUGUGUCUUCCAUUUAGGCUUGGAUGCAGCCUCUGCUGUUUGAGGCUGAGAAAAAGACAAUGGUUUGUAUUGGUUGCUUAAUGAAUGAUGAGGACCAUAAUAAAGGUUUCUGAGGAAUUUCA